GUACUAACACAUGUACUGAUCACAUCUCUUUUCACAAUCAAGCCUAGUCACAUCAUAUCACAACCAUGAACAUUAAGGUUUUAUCUCUGAUAGCUUUCUGUUGCCUGCAUGCUUGCUUGGCCUCUCCCGCUCGCAUAAGAAGAGCAGCACUCCCUUUAGCUUUACCCAAUCCCGUUGCAGGGGCUGAGCCUGGGGGUUAUGACCAUGGGCAUGGUGGCUAUGGGCAUGAAAAGCAUGAUUAUCAUCAUGAGGAAUAUCAUCAUUACCAUCCUCCUACUGAGAACCAUCAUCACUCUGAAAGUCAUGCUUAUCAUAACAACGAGAUCCACAACCAUCAUCACUACAAGCAUCAGAACAAUUAUCAUCAUACGCAUCAUGAUCAUCAUCACACCGAUCAUUAUGAUCAUCAUCACAAACACGUUCACGAUCAGUAUCAUCAUCAUCAUGUAGAUCAUCAUAGCCAAGCUCAUCAUCAGACCCAUGAUCACUCACAUAGCGAGGGACAUUCGCAUUCACAUGAGAAGUAUCAUCAUGAGCAUCAUGAUGACUAUAAUCAUUAAGAAGUUUCGACAUGGAAGUUCAGAAUUUAGCAAAGGAACAGAGUCUUGAAUUUGGAUUGGUGACCUUUGUGUAUAAAACAAAACUGGAACUUUUCGUUGAGGAACAUUUUUAAAACAGUUUAUGGAUAAAGAGAAUAAGUUGAACUACUUGCUAAUAGUUAAAGCUUCAUAGGUUCAGCAAAAGUAGAUCAAAUCUCUCUGUUCAUAAGUUCUCGUCUCCUAUUUAUCUCAUCUCUAUUCUUAAAAAUAACACGUUUUGAUUUUUCCAAAUAAACAUAAU